AUGUUUCCAAAAAGAUGCUUGAUUCUGCUGGCCUGCUGGACUCUCCUGCAGAGUGCCGUGGCUGUCCCGGAUGUAGCGCUAGAGCAGCCUGGCCCUGAGGAUGAUCGACUAGAAGAGCGUGACUUUGGCUUGCAGGAGCGAGGCAGCCGCCACCCUGCACUUGAGAGCUCGCUGCUUUCUGUCUUGACCGAAAAGUUAGCUUCGACCACACCGGGAGGAGGUGAUGGUGGUGGUGGCACUACAGUUCCUGGCGGAGGCGAUGGUACUACUACAGUCCCCGGUGGAGGUGGUGGUACUACUACCGUCCCUGGGGGAGGUGGUGGCACUACACUCCCCGGCGGUGGAGACGGCACUACACACACUGGCCCCGGCGGUGGAGGUACGACUGCUACUCCAACUGGCGGCGUUCCUCCGACUGAUGGUAUUGGAACUUCCCCGACUGGCGGUGCUACUACGACAACCGGACCUGCUCCUCCAACUGGCGGCAAUGUUAGUCCUCCCCCAAGCGGCAGCGUUUCCUCUCCCAGUGGAACCCCUCAUACAUCUCCCAGCGGAACCACUCAUGUAUCCAUUCCCAGCGGAAGCCCCCACCCGUCUCCCAGUGAAACCACCCAUCCAUCUCCUAGUGGAACCCCUCAUACAUCCCCACCUGGAGUAGUCACUGAAACUACUAACACUGGUCAGACUCCCCCUACUAGUGAACAGCCCAGCACUAUCCACACAUCUCCCCCUGGAGGUGGCGGACAGACAACCACCACUCAUACUUCUCCCGGCGGUGGUGUGCCUCCCUCCCCUACCACUGGACCGCCGGUUUGCCCUACUCCUUCCUGUCCUGCUCCUUCCGUAGAAACACCGGCUUGUCCCGUUCCUUCCACAUCCAAGGAGACCACAGUGGUCCCGGUGACAGUCACUUGUCCUGCCGCCAUAGUGAGCACAACUACCAUCACUGUCACAUCUGGUGCAGGCUUGGGUGGAGGAGCAACGGGUUGUCCUUGCCCCACUGGAGCUCCCGGACCAGGUGUUGGACCUGGAGUUGGACCUGGAGUUGGACCUGGAGUUGGACCUGGAGUUGGACCUGGAGUUGGACCUGGAGUCGGACCUGGAGUUGGACCUGGAGUUGGACCUGGAGUCGGACCUGGAGUCGGACCAGGAGUUGGACCAGGUGGCACCGCAACAGCUUCAACAGCCACUGGUGUUGUCUCCCCACCUGGCAGCUUGACAGCCUCAGCGACCACCUCUGUCGCACAUUCCCCAACUGGCAGCGUGACAGCGACAUUCACCGGAACCAGGACCGGAACCUUGACUCAUACCCUGACUCAAACUCGAACAUCGACGCCUCUGAUACCCACACUGACGCUCGCCCACCACACCAGCUACCCUCGUGACUUUGCCUACAACGUCUCCACAUGUAUCCCCAUCCCCGGAAAGCCAGGGGCGCAUAUCACUCCACGAGCAAUUGUCAACCCUGAUGUUAUUCGCCGACAGGUAUUUAGCAACACGACGGCGACGGCCCACUUCACCAACAUGACUGUUGCCGCCAAUGCCACGACCAGUGCAUUGAACAUCACCCGUAUUGUGACUGAGACGGCCACCGAGCCUGCGCCUGCUUUUUUGCCUCGCUUCCAUCGUGGACGGAAUCGUGGUUAG